AUGUCUGAUGUUAGGGCUGAAGUCACUCAGGUAGUGCGCUCUCGGGCCGGUAUUUCUACAGGGCCGUCGCAUUUGCCCAGUCUACGCACAGGGUAUUGCAUCCUGGCGUUUACGGUCAUUGUAUUCUUCUUCGGAAGCUAUGCAAUAUUCUUCAGUGCCUUCAGUGCUCCUACUGGUGUAACGAUCCUUGACACAUUAGCUAGAGAUACCCACUACAAAUAUUUCACUAUUUUGCUCGUCCCUACCACGGUUUAUUUCGUAAUCGCCAACUGGGUUGGAUGGCAAUACUACCGGAAUUCAUGA